UUUCUGUAAAUGCAUUCCGAAUAUAGGCCUCGUCAAGAUAAACAUGUUUGAGGACAUGUUUCCAGAGACAAAUAGUGUUGAAGAGUUCCCUCAAUAGACUCGGAACAAUGUUGACCCAGUUUACAUAACCAGGGUAAAUACUGCAGUGGUCACUCAUUAUUUCAUGGAACCAUCAUCUCUGUCGUCUUCCGGUAUGCCCACGAGAGCGGUUGUCUAUAAAACCGAGAUCGCGAUAUGACAGGAGGAUAACUCACGGAUUUUGCGGAGAUUCGAAUCGAACAUGUUAUCACUUGGAGUUAUUUUUGUCGUGCUUGUAAUGAGUCUGUCUCUUGGACAGUCCAUCCCAGUGACAAAAAAGGUUGAUGUAUUACCUAAAAUAACGAGUUUCCACUCUUCAACCUUGGAACCUGGUCGACCCGCAGAAUUAUCUGCAACGCUGAUAUCAGAGACACCUAUCGAACUUGUGUGGAGACGAAGGAUCACCACGGAGGAUGACUUCCAUGUUGUACCAGUUGUUAAUGAUCAUCUACACAAAAUCACAACCGAAUCGACUGGUGAUGUCUACAAAAGCAAGCUGGUUGUCGCCGAUAGUGAGGAUUCGCUUUACAGUCUACGAGUCGUUACGAAGAAAAGUCUCACUUUAGAACUGUUCAUUCCGAGUUCAGGUCUCAAUAAAACUGACAUCGUACUCCCGUCAAUUACGAAACUGCCUGACGCUGUUACAAGGAUCCGCGCAAACACGAAAGGCUCGCUGACAUUUGGCGUGUCGAUACCUAAGAGUGAGGUACUCCAUAUCAUGAAAUGGAGGCCAGUGACAGAAUCAAGUAUCGCGUUCAAAAGGGUGAAAUACAUCUUGGAUAAAUCUCUUCCUGACUCAGCUUCCGUUCAAACGAAUCUGGGAAAUACCUCCAUGGAAGCAACUCUGACAUUUGACCCAUUCACAUCUGUCGCUGCGGGUCUCUACGCGACGUCAGUCACACUCCUGUUACCGCAUAACACUUUAGUCUCAAUAGAGGUUUACUCUGAAGUUUCAUACACGCCAAGUGACCAGAUUCUGCUAGGGAUCGCGACUUGUUCCGGGGAUUACAGCAUGCCAAUGGACUCCACUGGUGAGGUUGAAUUAUUAGUCAGGGCUGGUGAGGACUGUCUCCGCUGCAUAGCCGCAGGACAUCCACGCCCUAACCUACAAAUUAGUAAAUUCAUCUCGAAAGACAAUGUGACAGCAGUAUCUACGAUACCUUACUUCGAAGCUGGGACAUCCUACGAAGCUGUUAGUCAUCCAUUGAUGUCACAACCAGACGCACAGCCUGAAUCGUAUUUCUGUCUCGGGAGCCAGAUCAAGCCGUGGCCACAAGUCAAUAUCAUCCCAGUGAAGGUAACAGUGUUCAAGCCAGUAAAGAUGGUCAAAGCGACACCCGAGAAGAUUGUGAUCGCGGAGCCUAAGACGGUGACCUUCACGUGCGAGGCCACAGGAAGUCCACUCCCCGAGAUAGAAUUUUACAAAGCUCCAAAGUGGAUGAAGCUUCAUAAUGUCAAAAUUGAUCCAGAGGAUAUGUUUUGGCGCCGAAUUAAAGUCGAGCGAGGCAGCGUCAGGGUCACACGGACGGUUGACGAUAAAACUGGGACAAUCACAGCAACUAUGACUAUCGAAAGGGCAACGGAACUAGACGCUGGAAAUAAUUAUUUCGUUUAUAAAUGUCUUGCAAAGAAUAAGCUAAGUUUUAGUGUCGGCACGAUGGAUUUAGACUUUAAAGCAAUGUAGACAUAAAUGAUAUUGGGUAUAAAAUCAUUGUUCAGCCAACGUUUCACAGAGGAGGUGAAUGAAUCUGUUUUGCCGUUGUCAUUCUUUGUCAUAAAGAUAAAGAGAGUAUUUAUUAUUGACAUCAGGCUAACUAUUUGCAUUGUAAAUAUAGGCUAACUGCUGUUUGCUACUUCUCUUUUGUAGAAUCAGUGUUUCAGGUUCGGAGUAAAUGCUGAUGAAAAA